UUUUCCACGACAUUCUAAUUUAUUGAGAUGUACCUGUAGAUAAGGAAUCUUUGGCACUUGGCCUGUACAUAGGGAACUUUUAUUUUGGAAAACUGGUUUCUCAGUUCACAUAUCAAUAAAACGUCCACAGCAACCUGACAGUGGCUCUAAAUAUUUGAUGAGCGUAAACGUCUUUAUUAUGCAUACAUCCAAGUGAUAGAGAUCAAACUAUUGCAUUAAAGUAGAACGCUAAUCGCACAUUUAAAAAAAGAGAACUAAACGUGGAGAUCAUAACAGAUGUGGAGACUGAAAAGCAUCCGCCAUAAAGCAAGCCGAUCUGCCAAUGAUUUGGAGGAGCUUAAACUGAAGAAAAGAGAGUUUGAGAAAGCACUUAGACAGGCGAGGAGAGACAGACAGCUCAUCAGUAAGAGACUCCUGCAGAAUGUGGAUGAUGAAGAUGAAGAUGAAGAAUCUGUGGAAACAGGCUCCGCCCCUCUGUCACCUGAACAGGUCAGAGAGCUGAUACGUGGAGUCCAGUGUGGUGGCGAGGAGAAGGCCGCUCCUCUGGCAUCUUUAAGAAAAGCACUAAGAAACCCUGACACACAACUCACAUUCAUUAAAUCAGUGAACAGUAUGCAUAUCUUGGUGGGGCAGCUCAGUGGUCAUAAUGCCCAGUGUCAGCUGGAAGCAGCAUGUUGUCUCCAUGAGCUGUCUCACUCUCCUCACCCCAGCGUUGGUCAGGCCUGUCUGCCUGCUGGCCCGUAUCUCCUCACCUACCUCUCUGGUCAGAGCACUAAGCUGACGGAACUCUGUUUAUACACUCUAGGAAACCUGUGUCCUGACAGCGCUUUAGUUAGAGAGAAGCUCCUGGCUCAGGGAAUUCUUUCUGCCCUGACAAACUGCUUUCAGAAUCAGAGGUAUAACCUUGCUGUGGUGGAGGCCAUUGGCUUCACUUUAUACCAGUUGCUGCAGGCCAGAGAUGCUGCUGAACAAAUCAUCCUAGCAGUCAUGGCCUGUGGAAUAAUCCCUCAUUUGAUCUCAGCGUUGACUCCAGAUGCAGAGUUUGGGUUUGGAGCAGCAAUUGAGUGCGCGUGGUGUUUGCACUAUUUAGUCAGCAGUGAUGUGGAUCACUCAAUGCUGCUUGCUCAAGGGGCCCUCUCACAGUGCACUGCUGUCUUAGUAACACUAGGAGGUGCUGUUGCUCGAGGAAACCUUGUGGAUGGAAUGGAGCUGCUCAUUUGGCCUCUCCUGCGUUGCCUUGGUAACCUGCUGGUCCAGAGUAAAGGGUGUGAUGUAAUGCCAGAGGACACUCGUCUCCUCGCCACCCUGUGUGUCUUCAGCCAGGCUUAUCUUCACUCUCACCCGGCUCUGUGUAGAGAGAGCCUGUGGGCCCUCAACAACCUCACUGCUGGUUCCAGCGGGUUUUGCUCUGGUCUGCUGCUCCUUAAACUAGUUCCUGUGUUGAUUCAGCUUCUGUCUUUCUCUAAAGGAAUCAACUCAAUGGUGCUGAGAGUUGUAGGUAAUAUCGGCUAUCAUGGCACACAAUACUGUGUUGGGUUGAUUCAGGCUGGGCUGCUCACUGCUCUCUGUGCCACACUGAAGAUGGCCGAGCCUGAAGUGGUGACUCUGAGCCUGGAGUUGCUGCACAUGCUGUUAUCCAGUAGCCCACAGGUGCUUGUGGAGUUCACGAGGAUGAAUGGUGUUCCACUGCUGGAAGCGAUUCAGUAUAACAGUGAAGCAGAGCAGCGUGUCAGAGCUGCCUACAUUCUCCAUCAUCACUUUCCUUCUUUCUCUGAGGUGGAUGAGACCUGUUCCUCAUAACACUGGAGUUCAAAGACAGAACAGCAGAGAUGUAUUGUUCACAUUUCUCAACAGAUGGAAGUUGUAUCGUUGCAUUUUAGUACUUGCAAAGUUAUUCGUUUACUUUGGUUUUCUGAAGUGUACAGAAAUUAAUCCAGUCUUUUUUUCCACCCAUGUGAAGCAUGUUUGCUGCUACCUGCUGUUCCCACUGGCCCAUUGAUGCAAAAAACAGCAUAUUCUACGAUACUAUAAGAACACGAGAACUCUUAAGUGCCAAAAGAAAAGUGAUUGUGUUUUGUCUUCUAAAUUCAACACAGCAGUAACCAGUGACGACUGUUUUUACACACUCAGCAUGUUGAGUGAAAACAAUAAAAAAUAGUUCAUUCUGUUGUAUUUGCAAUGCAUGCACAUAUAUUUUGUAUAUUAUAAACAAAAUAGUGAAUACUGCUGUAAAUGUAUUCCCUACUAAAAUGUACUAUGGUAACCAUAGUUUGAAAGUGUACAUUUAUCAAGAAUGUACACAAAAUGAAAGAAUGUGCAUAAAACCGAAAAGGAACAAAAUCUUGUGGAGAACGUAACCGAAAACGGGAACAAAGUCCCUUUCAAUUGUUCCGGAGUGAAAACUUUAUUUUUAAAUGCUGGUUUUAUUCCAAUAAUGUUUAUUUAUUUAUUUAUUUAUUUUCCGAAACCAAAGAUUUAUCAUUGUAAAUUUUCAGAAUUACACCGCAUACUGGUUCCUGAAAAAAUGAGGCUUCUCACUUCAGUUUUUCUCGCAUCACACAGUUCUUUGCCAUAAUCGAACAAUGUGGAUGUAGAUCGAUAUAAUACGUUAAUACAGAUCUGAUGCUGAUAGGUUUUGACUGAGAAGCAGAUCUGUAAUUACAAUUAGUUUAUCUAUACAGUUUAUUAUUAUUAUUAUUUUUAAUUCAGGCCUUACUUUGGCCAUUGCAGAUAAACAGUCAAAGGCAAUGACUGUGUGCUCCCUUCUGUUUUCACAAAUGUUAGUUAUUAAAUCAGUAUGAAGUUGAUUCAGGACUUAAUUAGCUCCAGUGCAUGUGCUCUCUGUGGGUACAGGGUUUAAAACAAAAACCAGAAUAAUUCAGCCUGCUUAAAGUGACUUUUAGUCCAAAUGCGCUCACGCAGUGUGUGCAUGCAAGAGAGAGAGAUUCAAAUUAUUCACUGAUUUUAGAUGUCCAGGUGCAUAUUUUAAAUAAUUUUAGGGACAUGUUUUAUGAACAGAAUACAUUUAUUGAAAAUAUUUGUUUUAAAUAGGCUACUGUAUAAUAUGCUUGUUACGAUGUUUUAUGCUGAUAAUGCACCCAAAUGGUAAUAAAAUAUGUGCUUAUUUUGGUUGAGCCCAGUCCCUUAUUUUGAGCUUGUUUUUCCACACCAGGUCGCUUGUUUCUCUUGCGAGAUCUGGCAGCACUGCUACUGGAAUAUCACAAACUCUUAGCACAUAGUACUGUCAUUUUAUAAAGAAUGUUAUUAACUGUUCUUUUACUGCGUUAUAACCGGUUACCACUUGGAAAGGAGGCUGAGGAACACCGGAACGGAAAAAACAAAAAAAACAACCGUUUCUGCUCCGAACGCACCGAAAUGAAAAACAUUUAGUUUUCAGUCGCUGGUAACAUCAGUUGUGUUUGGAAACUACGGUUUUGCUAUGCAUCCAUAAAAGCUACACGCUUUAUUUCGUUUAUUAUAUUCUAUUUAAAUGAAAAUAAAUAAACAUAUAUACAGUUGUAUAUUUAUAUAUAAAAAGUUAUUAUUUCCAAACAUUUAAAUAUAAAAAUAGCUUUAUCUAUUCAUAUUGAAAUCU